AAAUGCCAGGAGAAAAUGUCACUGUUUGGAGCCUUUUUUUCCUAGAGGGAUUUUCCCGGUACCCAAGGUUAGAGAUUGCUCUGUUUGUCUUCAGCCUUGUCAUGUAUCUGGUUACCCUCCUGGGUAAUGGUACUCUUAUCUUAAUCACUGUCCUGGAUUCACGCCUUCAAACCCCCAUGUACUUGUUUCUUGGAAACCUCUCUUUCAUGGAUAUCUGUUACACGUCUGCUUCUAUUCCCACUUUGCUUGUGAACUUGCUGUCAUCUAAGAAAACCAUUAUCUUUUCUGGGUGUGCUGUACAGAUGUACCUGUCCCUUUCCAUGGGGUCCACAGAGUGUAUACUUCUGGCUGUGAUGGCCUAUGAUCGUUAUGUGGCCAUCUGUAACCCUCUGAGGUACCCCAUCAUCAUGAACAGGCAAGUCUGUGUGCAGAUGGCCACCAUCUCCUGGGUGACAGGCUGUCUGACUGCUCUGCUGGAAACUAGUUUUGCCCUGCAGAUUCCCCUCUGUGGGAACAUCAUCAACCAUUUCACAUGUGAAAUCCUUGCCGUGCUAAAAUUAGCUUGCGUGAGUUCCCUGCUCAUGGACCUGGUUAUGCUGGUGGUCAGUAUUCUCCUUCUGCCCAUUCCAAUGCUCUUGAUUUGCAUCUCUUAUGGCUUCAUCCUUUCUACAAUUCUGAGAAUCAGUUCAACAGAGGGAAGAAACAAGGCUUUUUCAACCUGUGGUGCACACUUGACUGUGGUGGUCUUAUAUUAUGGGGCUGCUCUCUCCAUGUACCUGAAGCCUUCUUCAUCAAACUCACAAGAAAUAGACAAAAUCAUCUCGUUGCUUUAUGGAGUGCUUACCCCUAUGUUGAACCCAAUAAUAUACAGCUUAAGAAACAAAGAAGUAAAAGAUGCAGUGAUAAAACUGCUGGGCAAAGUGCCCUUGGCACCAAGUGUGUGA